AUGGCUGGAAGCGACGUCGAGAAGAACCCCGCCAACAAUUAUUACGAGGACCACCCGGGCGCCGUCCCUGGCGAGAGCUUCGAAUAUGGCGAUUCUUUGUACGCUAGGUUGCAGCGUUUCGCUGGAAAACUCGAUGUCGAGCAGCGAGGUGUCGAGCGCGUGCCGGAGAAUGAGCGGACGGAUACCUCGUUAUUGAACGUGGGAAGCAUGUGGCUCGCCGCCAACAUGGUCGUUACUUCGUUCGCAAUCGGUGUCCUCGCACAGUCGCUCUUCUACCUGGGCUUUGUCGAUGGUAUCCUGACCACCCUAUUCUUCAACAUUCUCGGUGUCUUGACAGUCUGUUUCUUCACCAUCUACGGCGCUGAGUUUGGUCUGCGUCAAAUGGUCGUCUCGCGGUAUUGGUUUGGUUGGUGGGGCGUCAAAAUCAUCGCUUGCUUCAACGUGCUUGCUUGCAUCGGCUGGUCAUGUGCGAACUCGAUUGUCGGGGCCCAAUUACUCCACGCAGUGAAUGAUGACGUUCCGGGCUACGCUGGUCUUAUUAUCAUUGCCGUGUGUACUAUGGUGAUCACCUUUUUCGGCUACAAAGUUGUUCACGCCUACGAAUUCUGGAGCUGGAUUCCAACCUUCAUUGUUUUUAUGAUUGUGCUUGGAGUUUUUGCUCAUUCUGGAGAUUUCAGAAAUAUCCCCAUGGAUGUUGGGAAGGCUGAAUUGGGUGACGUUCUCUCAUACGGUGCAACUGUUUUCGGAUAUGCGACUGGUUGGACUAGUUAUGCCGCUGAUUACACCGUCUACCAACCGGCGAGACAAAGCAGAGCCAAGCUCUUCUUCGCGACGGCUCUCGGUCUGCUGUUCCCUUUGCUGUUCGUGGAGAUGCUGGGUGUCGCCGUUAUGACUGCCACUUCCAUCAACGGUGGUGAUAACAAAUAUGCCGCAGGCUAUGCUGAUUCUGGAACUGGAGGUCUUAUGGCAGCCGUGCUUGUUGGUCCCUUGGGCGGCUUUGGCAAGUUCUGUCUUGUCAUCCUGUCCCUGUCUAUUAUCGCCAACAACUGCCCGAAUAUCUACUCUGUCGGUCUUACUCUCAUGGUCUUGGCCCGAUGGACCCGCAAAGUACCGCGUUUCAUCUGGACCAUCAUCUGUACUGGUGUUACCAUUGCCAUAGCUAUCCCCGGUUACUCACACUACGAAGCCGUGCUGGAGAACUUCAUGGAUAUCAUUGGCUACUGGCUCGCCAUUUACGAAGGCAUUGCUAUAACCGACCACUUCGUCUUCAAGCGUGGAUUCUCUGGAUACGACUUGGAUAUUUACGACCAACCCGACAAACUACCACCCGGAAUCGCUGCCACGUUUUCUUUCUGUUGCGGAGUUGCCGGUAUGGUUACUGGCAUGAGUCAGACCUGGUGGGUGGGCCCCAUUGCACUUUAUGCCGGUGAGGCUCCGUAUGGUGGAGAUGUUGGGUUUGAGUUGAGUUUCGCGUUUGCCGCUUUUGCCUAUCUGGUUACUCGUCCUCUUGAAAUCAGGUAUUUUGGGCGGUAA